UCGUUCAGCGUUACAUUAACCAAUGAUCGUUCACUUCCGUGCUUACGUCACGUAGAGCGACAGAAAUUUUUCAAGAUGGUGCUCGAAAGUACUAUGGUCUGUGUGGACAACAGUGAGUAUAUGCGCAAUGGAGACUUCUUACCGACCAGACUUCAGGCCCAGCAGGACGCUGUCAACAUCAUCUGUCACUCAAAGACUCGAAGCAACCCGGAAAACAACGUGGGUCUCAUCACUCUGGCCAAUAACUGUGAGGUCUUGACCACGCUGACCCCUGACACGGGCCGGAUCCUGUCCAAGCUUCAUGCUGUCCAGCCCAUAGGAGUCAUCAGCUUCUGUACUGGCAUCAGAGUAGCACAUCUGGCACUGAAACACCGACAGGGAAAGAACCAUAAGAUGAGGAUCAUUGCCUUUGUGGGAAGCCCCGUGGAGGACCAGGAGAAAGAUUUGGUGAAGAUGGCAAAACGUUUGAAGAAGGAGAAAGUCAGCGUUGACAUCGUUAACUUUGGAGAAGAGGAGGUCAACACGGAUAAGCUGACCGUGUUUGUGAACACCCUGAAUGGAAAAGAGGGUGUAGGCUCUCACCUGGUAACGGUGCCUCCUGGCCCGAGCCUGGCAGAUGCUCUUCUGUCCUCUCCUAUCAUGGCUGGUGAGGGUGGCACCAUUAUGGGCCUGGGUGCCAGUGACUUUGAGUUCGGAGUUGAUCCCAGUGCAGACCCUGAGCUCGCUCUGGUGAGAAGCACACAGAUUUUACGGGACAAACGUCUUGGCUAG